CGGCGGUUUUGCUUUUGCGUAUCGGCGGACCCCAUCGAGGCAUCGACAUAAUAUCGGCUUUUUUCACACCGCGCACACCGUCGUUACCGUCAGUUCAAAGCGACCUCUCUGUCCGUCUUCGUCGAACCCGUGUUCCGUACCGUUUCAUUCGUCCCAGCACGUAUACCCCAGAGCCCUUGUUCCGUGUACAAAUUUUAAUCGCCAACAGUUUCACAAGCGUUGUCUCAUGUUGUAAUAUUCGUUUUACAAACGCGAUUCUUGUCUGAUCCGCCGAAAACUUGAUAUACGCCUAACCUAUUACCAUCUCAUCUCCUCCGAGUACACGCACAGCGUGGUGUCACGCCGGUACUUUAUAGAAGUUCGAACGGUGUCGAAAAAGUCCGAACCGCCGAAGCCAUGGCCGAAGUCGACGACGCUGUCAUCGACGUGGUAACGUCCGAGGCGAUCAACGGCUGUACCAUCACCGGCGACAGCGACUAUUCGGACAAGGCUGUGGACCCGACUUCCGUGGAGAUGCGCGUUAAGCGCAAAGCCAAACGACUGGCCAAGUCCCUGUCCCGGGACAGCGGUAUUGUCAACGGGCACGGUGGCACCGCCACCGUGGUGCAACUCAAAAGGCGCUGGAAGAACAACAGAAAGUCCAGGAACGGUUUCACCAAAAGAGGAGAAAUCAAGAAGGGUGGUGCUGGUGGCAAAGGUGUUUGGGGAAAGUUAGGUGAAGAGAGUGAUUUAGAUGCUGCUAUUGAUGUGAAGGAUCCUAAUUAUGAUAGUGAUUUGUUGGAUGAUGAUAAUAUUGUGUUACGAGAAAUCACUCCGGAAUCAUCUGAUGAAGAACUCAAAAAUUCGAUUACAUUUAAUAUUCUUGAGUAUUAUGAACAUGGUGAUACUGAUGAAGCAGCAAUGGCUUUAAGCGAGCUAAACAUAGUUAGCAAAUGGCACUUGAUAACUCAAGUUUCUGUUGAAGUUGCUCUCGAGCACAAACCAUCUCAGAGAGAGAUGACAUCUAUAUUGAUAUCUGAUUUAUAUGGGCGUUUAAUCAAGCAAAAAGAAAUAGCCCAAGGCUUUGAUGUUAUAUUGGCUAAUCUUCCUGAUCUCAUUCUUGAUACUCCCGAUGCUCCUAUCGUUGUUGGCUGUUUCUUAGCCAGAACCAUUGCGGAUGACUGUCUCCCACCAAAGAUUAUAGACUUCUUCAAAGAAAAAAACUAUAGUGAUUUAGCUAAUCAAGCAUUGAUUAAGGCCCACAACUUAUUGAAUAUUAAACAUGGACUGACCAGACUUGAUAAUGUUUGGGGCGUUGGCGGUAGUUUGAGACCAGUGCAGUAUCUUGUAAGACAAAUGAACAUGCUUUUGGAUGAAUAUUUAUGUUCAGGAGAUCUACAAGAGGCCAUCCGAUGUAUUUUGGAAUUGGAAGUACCACAUUUCCAUCAUGAACUUGUUUAUGAGGCUGUUAUUGAUGUUAUUGAAGCUAUGAAUACUCAUACGGAAAUCUCUAUGUGCAAAUUACUUAAAGCAUUGUAUGAUGCUAUUAUUAUAACCCCUGAAAUGAUGAAUAAAGGUUUUGAUAGAGUAUUUGAUGUUCUGGAUGAUAUAACUAUUGAUGUUCCAUUGGCAUCAGCUGUUCUUGAACGCUUUUUGGAUAUGUGCAUCAAUUCUGGAUUUUUAGAAAAAGAAAUGUUGCUUAAAAUACCAACAAAAGCCUCAUCUCGUAAGCGAUAUGUAUCUGAAGGUGAUGGCGGUCGCCUCAAAGAAGCAUAAAAAAUCAGAUACGAAUCACAACAAACCUAUACUCCUCUUCUCCUCUACCUCUAGAGUACAGUAUUUUUUUUUCUCAAUGUUUGAUUUGAUUUAAUUUUUUUUUUUUUUUGUCAUUGUCAUUAUUUAAUAAGAUAUUAUAAAAUAUAUAAUCAUUUCAUUACAUUAUAAUUGUCCUUAGAAUUACAGACUAAUUUACAUAUUCCAACUCUAUUUUUAGUAAUGUAUGCAAAGAAAUUUUGACUAAUUUAUCACUUAACUGUAUUUUUAUUAUGCCAGCUAAGUUUUUGCUUAUCAAUAAUAAUGAUUUCAAUUAAUAUGUCUUGAGUUUAGGAUUAAAAAUCAGCAAUAUCUGUUUCAUAACAAUAAGAGUAAUAA